AUGGUUGCUGCCGUUGACCGGGUUUUCCGCUCUGGCAUAAAUGAGGCACAAUUAAAAACUUCGCAAGAUGCCAUUGCAGGCUUGAGGGAGGAACUCCGUGAUUCAGAGGCAGAGCUUCGAGUGCUGUCCGAGAAAAAUUGCAUCGUGGCCUAUGAGAAGGCUGCUUUGGAGGAUCAUGUGGCUACUUUGGAAGGCCAAACGGAGCAACUCGAAAGUCAAAUGAGUUCGCUUACUCAAGAGAAAGGUGUUUUAGCGAGUGAGUUGGCCAUGUGCCAACGUCAACGGAUGAUGUUGUUGCUCGAGGCAAUUUUCAAUGGAUGUUGGAAAAGGGCGUGGUUCGAGUAA